AUGGACGAACUUGGACUGUUUCGUGGUGAUACGGUUCUUUUAAAAGGAAAAAAACGCAAAGAAACGGUAUGCAUAGUGCUUGCAGAUGAAACCUGUCCCAAUGAUAGAAUCCGUAUGAAUCGUGUGGUUCGUAACAAUUUGCGAGUUCGGCUUGGUGAUAUUGUUAGUGUUCAUCCGGCACCAAAUAUAAGCUAUGGCAAGCGAGUUCAUGUAUUACCUCUUGAUGAUACGAUUGUUGGAUUGAGCGGCAAUAUCUUUGAAGUAUUCUUGAAACCAUAUUUUGUUGAAUCUUAUCGGCCGGUGCAUAAAGGCGAUCUUUUUUCUGUGAAUGCAGCGAUGCGUAACGUGGAAUUCAAGGUAAUUGAAACUGAUCCAUCUCCAUCAUGUAUCGUUGCACCUGAUACAAUAAUUCACUGCGAUGGUGAACCUGUCAAACGAGAGGAAGAGGAGGAAAAUCUGGCUGAUGUGGGAUACGACGAUAUAGGUGGUGCAAGAAAACAGUUGGCUCAAAUCAAAGAAAUGGUUGAACUGCCACUUAGGCAUCCUCAACUUUUCAAGGCUAUUGGCAUAAAGCCCCCGCGCGGUAUUCUUCUUUUUGGUCCUCCUGGCACAGGUAAAACAUUGAUUGCUCGUGCCGUUGCUAAUGAAACCGGAGCCUUCUUUUUUCUGCUAAAUGGUCCGGAAAUUAUGAGCAAACUUGCUGGUGAAUCCGAAUCAAAUUUACGAAAAGCAUUUGAAGAAUGUGAGAAAAAUUCACCUGCUAUAUUAUUCAUAGAUGAGCUCGAUGCUAUCGCUCCUAAGCGGGAAAAAACUCAUGGUGAAGUUGAGCGAAGAAUUGUUUCUCAAUUGUUGACAUUGAUGGACGGUCUUAAACAACGUAGUCACGUUGUAGUAAUGGCGGCAACAAAUCGUCCUAAUUCCAUCGACCCUGCCCUCCGUCGUUUUGGCCGAUUUGACCGUGAGAUCGACAUUGGUAUUCCAGAUGCAAUAGGGCGCUUAGAGAUUUUACGGAUUCAUACCAAAAAUAUGCGACUCGCUAAUGACGUUGACCUCGAACAGGUACAAGAAGGCGAUGAAAAGAUCGCAAAUGAAUGUCAUGGUUAUGUAGGAGCUGACAUUGCAUCAUUGUGCUCCGAAGCAGCUCUACAACAAAUACGAGAGAAAAUGGAACUUAUCGAUUUGGAAGACGAAUCAAUUGAUGCAGAAUUUGCCAUGGGAAAGAGUAGUCCAUCAGCUUUACGUGAAACGACAGUGGAAACACCAAACGUUAGUUGGGAUGACAUUGGUGGUCUGCAAGGUGUGAAAAGGGAAUUGCAAGAACUUGUUCAGUAUCCUGUGGAACAUCCAGAGAAAUAUCUUAAGUUCGGUAUGCAACCUUCUCGUGGUGUGUUAUUCUAUGGUCCUCCUGGUUGUGGUAAGACUCUCCUGGCUAAAGCUAUUGCUCAUGAAUGCCAGGCGAAUUUCAUUUCGAUCAAGGGGCCAGAGCUCUUAACAAUGUGGUUUGGUGAAUCUGAAGCUAACGUUCGCGAUGUGUUUGAUAAAGCGCGUGCUGCGGCACCAUGCGUGCUUUUUUUUGAUGAAUUGGAUUCGGUAGCGAAAGCUCGUGGUGGUAGUCUUGGAGAUGCUGGUGGAGCUGCAGAUCGAGUCAUAAAUCAGAUUUUGACUGAGAUGGAUGGCAUGUCUAAUAAGAAAAACGUUUUCAUUAUCGGUGCUACCAACAGACCUGAUAUUAUUGAUCCCGCAAUAUUGCGUCCAGGUCGACUCGACCAAUUAAUUUAUAUUCCAUUACCGGAUGAAGCUAGUCGUCUUCAAAUUUUCAAAGCUAAUCUUCGUAAAACUCCUAUUGCAUUGUCAGUGGAUUUGUCAUUUUUGGCGAAAAGCACAGUUGGUUUUUCUGGAGCAGAUAUUACAGAAAUUUGUCAGCGGUCUUGCAAGUUGGCCAUAAGAGAAAGUAUUGAGAAGGAAAUACGGUACGAAAAAGAAAAACAAGAACGGCGAGCUAGAGGGGAGGAACUAAUGGACGAUGAACCGUAUGAUCCUGUUCCGGAAAUUACAAGGGCGCAUUUUGAGGAGGCUAUGAAAUUCGCUCGAAGAUCAGUAUCGGACAAUGAUAUCCGUAAAUAUGAAAUGUUUGCACAGACACUUCAACAGCAACGUGGAUUUGGGAGUAAUUUCAAGUUUCCCAAUCAGGUUUCUGAUCCUAGCGAUAAUCCUGCGGGUUCUUCUGGGAACAACGAAGAUGAUGACUUAUACAGUUAA